UUCUCAUUAGAGAGAUUCAAUCACAGCCAUGUUUAGAUCAUCCCUAGUUCUUGCUUCCUCACUCUUAGCCUUUUUUGUAUGGGCCCCACUAACCAUUGUGGCCCACAAUCCUCCGGUCCUCGACAUGCAAGGCAAUGAUCUCCAAUCAGGUAUGGACUACCACGUGAUGGUAGCCACUUUGGGUUCUGGCGGAGGAGGACUGUCGCUAACCAGCCAGCACAACACGUCCUCUCCCUAUGUUAUGCAAACUAGGAAAGAUUCUGACGGCAAACGGUUGCGAUUCAAUCCAGCAUCAUCUAGCAUGGAUGGGAUCAUUCGCCAACCUCUACCUCGAUCCUGGGCCACAGCAGAAGGAAUGAUUGGAGAAAACCCAUCUGGAAAAUCCGUUAUUCGAGAGUCGUCCGAUCUAAACAUUCGAUUCUCCAGCAUACCAUCAGUUUGGAAACUUGGGGAGCCGGACGAAUUGGGAAUGAGAUAUGUGAUGAUUGGUGGGAAGGUAGGGCAUCCUGGCCGUUCAACAGUUAACAACUGGUUCAAGAUUGAGAAAGUUAGAUAUGGAAAGCAUACUUACAAGAUGAUGUACUGUCCUAGUGUGUGUGGGUCAUGCAAGACUGCAUGUGGGGAACUUGGUAUUUCAUAUCAGAAUGGGACCAGAUAUUUGACUCUGUCGUCGAAUCAUGACCAUCCAUUGGUGGAUAACCACUAUCCGUUGGUGGUGAUGUUCAUGAGGGAGGAGAAUCACUAGACCUCGACGGUUGGAUUAAGCUGAUGACUGCAAUCUCUAACAUGACAUGGGUGUUUAGUGGCUCAUUGGUGGGCCCCUGAUCGUGAAUGAAUAACAAUAACAUGUUUUUAGUUCUAGUAUCGAUCUGGUCGAUGUUGAUGUUUUUUUUUUUUUUUUUCCUUUUAUGCUGAUUUUGUUAAUGGAUUUUCAUGUCUAUUUCUAAUAAAUCCCGUUUCUUUUGUAUUUUGAAGAUGCAUGGUGCAAUGACCCAUAACAAGUCUCUCUCAAUGAUCCAAACCGUCCAUAUGAUGGGGCCCACUGUUGAUGGGAACCCCAAAAUAUCUCCCAUCUUGGAAUAUUCUAAAUCUUCGAUCAUUGAACUAUUUUCCUUUGAAUAUGGACCA